AUGACUUUCCCCCGUACCCCAGUCAGAACUGGUCAGGAAUUGAACAAGUUGAUCGAUUCGAUAAACGAGCAAUUCGGCUUGGACAUCCCAAAUCCCGUCUAUUUUUCUCCAUCUAUUGGCAAGAAUGAUAAGUCACUUGGCUGGAGCCUUUAUGGCCGGAUCAGAGUGCUAUACUUCAACCGCAAGGUGGACUUGAACCGGAUCUUCAAUGACUUCGAAGAGUGGAUUGUCUCCCAAUCAAUGGUGCUAUCUGCUGGGGAUGGUCAAUGGGGACAUAUACCAGGUUCAUUCGCGAACACCCCGAGAGAUAUCUUUAUUAGCAACGGGAGCAAUACUAUCGCAAAGGAGGAGCGUCAACGAUAUCUCGAAAGAUUGAUCAAUGACGAACUCUAUCUGCUUAAUGGCUCCUUUCCAGCUCCCAGGAAGGUCGACGAACUGGCAGAAGAGCCUCCUGCGCCAUCAGGCAGCUCGCUCAAGAGAAGGCUUUCCGUGGAAGAGGAAUUCCACACGGCUCCCAACUCUCCGGUCAAGGAUCCAGACAGGCCGCAAUCGCCUAUAUCCAUGGAAGACGCCUGUGACCUUCCCGUUGGAAACGUCAACAGGACCGGGUUUCCGGUCUUGCAGCCAUCAAACAUCACAGUGCCAUUCAACGUAUUUAAAAGCCCCAAGACAACCGACAACGAUAAACCCUCCAAAUUUGUGGAACGCCUGAGGGGUUCCGACAGUUACCAGCGUUAUGAUGCAACACCAACCUCCAACGAUCGGGCAAAUUUUAGCUUCAGCACUGUAGCUGAUACUUCUUCCAGCUUUCUUUAUUCGACCACUGCUCCCUACGAGACCUCGUUCACUUCGAGCACCACUGAAGUCGAUGAGUCAAUGUUGGAAACCGAAGCCAUGUACGAGGACUCCGUAGGGGGCCAUUAUCUGAGUGAGCAAACAACAGCAACAAACCUUGCUGAAAUACAGAAUCUAGAGCAACUCGCUUGCCAGGAGCCUCGCGAUUCUAUCGAGGGGCGCAUUAUGACAGACCUUCUCCAAUUCGGACCAUUCUCACUCGAUCAUCAAUACCCAAGUUCCGUCACGCUUCGAUAUAGAUAUGAACUCGAGAGAGUGGCUAGAGAGUGGGGUGUAUCCUUGGACCGCAUGUUGGUUGGUCCCAACAUCUCUUUCAAGACGCUUGAUGAUUUCUGGCGCUGGAUAGAGGGGCAUAAUCAGCGGGAAGGGAAACGGCUCCCCGAAAAGUCCUCUCGCAAGGCUUGGGAUGCAGCUAUUGGGAACUUCAGGACUGACAAACAUUCAGAAGUUGUCGUACUAACUGGGGAUUUGGAGUGGUCCGAACAAGGGGUCUUGAAGUUAAGAUUGAAUCCGUUGAAGACUGAACGGACCUGUCGCUUUCACCGGCGAUUUGGAUCUGAUAGGUUUCUCAGUCUGACACUGCCAGCUCCGGCGCGGCCUCCAUCACAUCUUCGACUGCCCUCUCAGCCUACACUCCUGCGAGAAACCCUGGGUUUAUGGCUAACGCAGAAUGUUCACCGAUGCUUAGGGAGGACGUGGAGGCCUUUUUUCGUGGAUGAGGUCAAGUCGAAACGCAAGGCAGACGAACCCAAAUUCCGAAUUGAUUUCUUUGCAAUCGAUGGGAUUGAUUUUGACCAUGGUUCCCCUGCCCCUCCUAUUGCACCUCCCCAUCAAGACAGUAGCAACCGCACUCCAAUGAGCCUAGAUGCGCUGAUAGGUUGGCACAUUCCUCGAGAAGAAAACCUCACGCAAACCAACUGCAAAUUGUUUCAACGCUUCUCAUUGGCUCUCUCGAAAACCUACGCUACAGUGGUCCUACAACCACGGCAAACUCUACCAUUACCAGAUGUAUCCAAACCUGUCAUGAACGACGGUUGCGCUCUGAUGUCUAGAAACUUGGCCAAUCAGAUUUGUGAUUCAUUAGGACUGACAGGAUACACCCCAAGCGCCUUCCAGGGUAGAAUAGCAGGUGCGAAAGGGUUGUGGAUGGUCGACAAACAUCAAUCUCACGUCACAGCUGACGAUGAUGUAUGGAUCCAAAUAUCAGACACGCAGUUGAAGAUAAAGCCGCAUCCUCACGAGUGGGAUGGGUCGGUAGACGAUGAGAAACUUACCUUUUGA